AUGGCGAUCCCGUUCGCUCCGAGCCGGGGAGCCGGGGCUGCCAACCUACGCUGGUUAGUGCUGCUGCCGCCCCUGCUGCUCGCGCUGCUGCUCGCGCGGCCCGCGGCGGCCCUGGUGGAGGGACUUUACUGCGGCACGCGGGACUGCUACGAAGUGCUGGGCGUGAGCCGCACGGCCAGCAAGGCGGAGAUCGCGCGGGCCUACCGCCAGCUGGCCCGGCGCUACCACCCCGACCGCUACCGGCCCGAGCCUGGCGAGGAGGGCCCGGGACGGACGCCGCAGAGCGCCGAGGAGGCCUUCCUGCUGGUGGCCACCGCCUACGAGACUCUCAAGGAUGAAGAAACUCGAAAAGAUUAUGAUUACAUGCUGGAUCACCCAGAGGAGUACUACAGGCACUACUACCACUACUACAGCAGGCGCUUAGCCCCCAAAGUGGACGUGAGAGUUGUGGUUUUGGUCAGCGUGUGCGCCAUUUCAGUAUUUCAGUUUUUCAGCUGGUGGAAUAGCUAUGACAAGACGAUCAGCUACCUGGCCACGGUGCCCAAGUACCGUAUCCAAGCCAUGGAGAUUGCCAAGCAGCAGGGGUUACUGAGAAAAGCCAAAGAGAAGGGUAGAAACAAAAAGUCCAAAGAGGAAGUCCGUGACGAGGAGGAGAGCAUCAUAAAGAACAUUAUAAAAAGUAAAAUAGAUAUAAAGGGAGGCUAUCAGAAGCCCCAGAUACGUGACCUUCUCCUGUUUCAGAUUCUCUUAGCUCCUUUUCACCUGUGCUCGUAUAUAGUGUGGUAUUGCCGAUGGAUCUAUAAUUUUAACAUCAAAGGCAAAGAAUAUGGGGAAGAAGAAAGACUAUAUAUCAUACGUAAAUCUAUGAAGAUGUCAAAGUCUCAGUUUGAUAGUCUAGAAGAUCAUCAGAAAGAAACUUUUCUUAAACGGGAGCUUUGGAUAAAGGAAAAUUAUGAGGUCUACAAACAAGAGCAAGAAGAGGAACUAAAGAAAAGACUGGCAAAUGACCCUAGAUGGAAAAGAUACAGGAGAUGGAUGAAGAAUGAAGGGCCUGGACGGCUGACAUUUGUGGAUGACUGAAGACUGCUGGGAUGCUGCUAUGCCAAACCUUAACUGUGAUACCAUUUUCAUAACUGAAUUAUUUUAGGAAUGUAUCGACUGCACCUCAGCAGCAACUAAAAUUCCUCAAGAAUUAAACAGAAUAAUGUAGACAUUUAAAUUUUCCCUUCAAACUUUAUACAUAAGACAUUUAUGAUUGUUCAGUUUUUAUAAUCGAUUUGUGGAUUUU